AGACAAGGGAGAAUGCGGCGGGUUCAGCGUGAAGGAUGAUACAGAGAGGCCUAUAUUAUAGCACAUAGAGGAGCCACCCUUAGCAACCAAUCACGUUGUUGCUUUCGUUUUCUAAAAGGAUGUUGCAAAACGAGAGCUGCAAUCUGAUUGGAGGAAUAAAAUGAAAGUUGAAAUCUGAUUGGUGGGGAAAAAAAUUUGAGCUGCAAUGUGAUUGGUGGAAAAAAUGAGAGCUGCAAUGUGAUUGGUUGGAAAAAAAUGAGAGCAUGGUGAGUACAGUUUUCUUUAGACGCAGAUCCAACAAGAUUUCCUAGGGCAAAGAUCAGUCUGCAGAAUGAGGCGGCUCGUUGUGACAGCGGACGCACCACAGGCAAGAGUCAAGUUUCAAGACAAGGAAGAAGAAUGAGGUUGAAUUAACCCAGAGCCGAGAUCCUGGAACCCAGAACGGUUCAGGACGUAGGACGCAGUCAUGUUAGCGGGGGCGCUGGUGCUGGUGGUGGGAUCCCUCUAUCCCCUGGUCUCGGGAUACCCAUCCUUCACUAUUGACUACAACAGGGACUGUUUCCUGAAGGACGGACAAUGUUUCCGCUACAUCUCGGGCAGUAUCCACUAUUUCCGGAUCCCCUCCGCGUAUUGGAAAGACCGACUUCUGAAAAUGUAUAUGACCGGGCUCAACGCCGUUCAAGUGUAUGUGCCCUGGAACUUCCAUGAGCCUCAGCCGGGGGUGUAUAACUUCAGGGGAGAUCAUGAUCUGGAACAUUUCCUCAACCUGACUAUGGAGCUGGGACUUCUGGUUAUCAUGAGGCCAGGACCUUAUAUCUGCGCAGAGUGGGACAUGGGAGGACUUCCAGCUUGGCUGCUGCAUAAGAAGGACAUACGGCUGCGCGCCUCCGAUCCAGAUUAUCUGAAUGCUGUGGACUCCUGGCUCUCCGUUUUGCUCCCCAAGUUGCGUCCACGUCUAUACAACAAUGGCGGGAAUAUAAUCAGCGUCCAGGUAGAGAAUGAAUAUGGCAGCUUCCUGGCCUGUGACUACGGUUAUAUGCGCCAUCUUCAUACCACGUUCCGCCUGUACCUGGGAGAUGACGUCGUACUUUUCACCACAGAUGGCAGCGGGGAUUCCUAUCUGAAGUGCGGCACCUUACAGGAUCUCUACGCCACAGUCGACUUUGGUCCAGUGGGCAACGCAACUAAAGCCUUUGAACCCAUGCGCAGGUUUCAACCCAGAGGGCCCCUGGUGAACUCUGAGUAUUACACCGGCUGGCUGGACUACUGGAAGGAGAAGCAUGCUGUGGUCUCAGCGGACAGAGUGAGCCAGGGCCUGGAGGCCAUUUUGGAGAUUGGCGCCAAUGUGAAUAUGUAUAUGUUUGAGGGAGGCACCAACUUUGGCUUCUGGAGUGGAGCCGAUUUCUCAGGAGUCUACAAGCCGAUCACAACCAGCUACGAUUACGAUGCCCCCCUAACCGAGGCCGGGGACCCUACAGAUAAAUUAUUAGCAAUCCGUUCAGUCAUUAGAAAGUUCCAGCCAGUUCCAGAAGGACCCAUUCCACCCCCUACUCAGAAAUAUGCGUACGGUUUGGUCGCUCUUAAUAAAGUCGGAGAUCUAGUGGAUCUAUUGGAUAUUCUAUCACCCGAUAACCCCAUAGUGACCCCGUACCCAGUCACCUUUGAGGAUGCCAAGCAGUAUUUUGGAUUCAUGUUGUACCGGACCCGCCUGACGGGGGACGUCCCUGACCAGACUCCUGUAUCAUCGAACGUAAAUGGAGUUCAUGAUCGUGCUUACAUAUCAGUCAGUGGGACAUUUUACGGCGUGCUGGAAAGGGACAGCCUCAAGAAUGUGAAUGUUACUGGGAAGGAGGGACAAUGGCUGGAUGUGUUAGUGGAAAAUAUGGGGAGGAUCAACUAUGGCAGCGAUCUUAAAGACUUCAAGGGCAUCAUAGGUAACCUGACCCUGGGGAAUGAUCUCCUGGAAAACUGGGUGGUUUAUCCUUUAAAUCUGGAUGGCCCCAUUUCCCAAGGGUGGCCCCACAUUAUGUCCGACCGUGUCCUGAAGACAUCACAGACUAAGAACACAACCGGUCCAGCCAUCUACAGCGGAACCUUAAGCAUUACAGACAUCGGCGACACCUAUCUAAAACUGCCCAAAUGGUCAAAGGGACAGGUAUGGAUUAAUGGCUUCAAUCUUGGACGAUACUGGCCUGUCCGAGGACCACAAGUAACCCUUUAUGUGCCAGGCACCAUUCUAAGCUCUUCACAGGUCAACAACAUUACUGUGCUGGAACUGGAGAACGCACCAGAUCGGCCUAUAGCCAUGUUCCUGGACAAGCCCAUACUGAAUGGGACUUAUGUGGGAAAAUGAUUAGCGGACACUGCUGUAAUGCGCUUAUACAAGUUCCUGCUCGGUCAGGUCACACUGUUACGGAAUAAGGGCUGGAGAUGGUGAAGGACGUCUCUAGUAAUGAUGCUGCUGCUGUUGUGAAUGGUAUAAAGUAAAGACCUGGACAAUCUCAGGCGCUAAUUACAUCUGUAUUACUAUGAUGGUAGUGUUUCCCAAUCAGGGUGCCUCCAGCUGUUGCAAAACUACAA